AUGCGACCAUGCUCACUCAGACGUCCGCUGGAGGGCCAGGCAAGAUCGCUAGGCCGUCGAUACGCCAGGUCGAUGAGCCAGUCACGCCAACACGCAACAGCGACCUCGUUGGCCGACUCUCGACCCAUGAGGCCUGUAAGCAGGGUCUAUCCACCUAUCGGACAGCCCACGCCGUCGAGUCACCCACAGCUGUUCAGCGAAGGCGAGCUGACGCCCGGCGUACAAGCAAAAGAGUAUGAACAAAGGCGACAACGCUUGAUCGACAGCUUGCCCGAUGGAUCAGUCUGCAUCUCUGCCUCUGCGCCCGUCGCCUACAUGUCACAGAAGAUCUUCUACAAAUACAGACAGGCGACCGAUUUUUAUUAUUUGACUGGCUUUCAGGAGGCCAAUUCGGCAGUCGUCCUGGAGAAAGACCCUUCGUGCAAGCGAGGCUUCAGGAUGUCCCUCUUCGUCGCGCCAAAAGACAUUGAGGAAGAGCUAUGGAACGGCACGAGAACAGGCGUCACUGCAGCAGUAGACGUGUUCGACGCAGACGAGGCUUUCGAUAUCGGUCAACUCGAGAAUCGGCUAGAGACCAUCUUGGCACGCACGAGCGGGCCGAUCUAUUGUGACACGCCGGAGAAAGCAACACGAACACGUGCAGGUCUCUUCACGCGAUCUGCCGCUUCACAAGCCGUCAUGGACUUUCUGUACCGCGGCAAGAGCGCUUCGUACCCUGCAGCAGCCGAGUCAUCUCCCAUCCUGCAAGUCCUCGCCGGCAUGAGAGGCUCCCGUCAGAUUCGACCCCUAUGCGACAGAGUGGAGCAAUUCAGAUUGUACAAGAGUUCAGCAGAAGUGAGACUGAUGCGACAAGCUGCCGAGCUAUCUUGCGAGGCUCAUGCGAAAGUGAUGCGAAGAGCUCAACCGGGCAUCAACCAAGCUGCGCUCGUUGCAGAAUUCGAAUAUUACACCGCAAGCAAAGGUGCCGAACGACUUGCUUAUGUACCCGUCUGUGCGUCGGGUCAAGCUGCUCUGACGAUUCACUACACUGCAAACGAUCGACCGCUAGAGGAAGGCUCGCUCGUGCUGUUUGACGCCGGUUGCGAGUACCAAGGCUAUGCAUCUGACAUCACUCGCACUUUUCCCGUCGACGGUCGUUUCACUGGACCACAAGCUGACUUGUAUCAAGCCGUCCUCAAUGUCGAGAAAGCCUGCGUCGAUCUCUGCACGGAGGAUAACAACAUGACGCUGAGCGAUUUGCAUGCGAGAUCGUGUCAGCUCUUGCGGUCUGAGCUUAGCCAGCUUGGCUUCUCGUUCGGCUCCAACGAGCUAUCGCGACUGUAUCCGCAUUUUAUCGGUCACUGUCUCGGCCAAGAUCUUCAUGAUACACUGAGCUGGGAUAGGCAUCAGAAGAUCAAGGCAGGGAUCGUCUUGACGAUCGAACCGGGCAUCUACGUACCCGCACACGCUUCAUUCCCGCAGCACUUUCACGGGCUUGGCAUCAGAGUCGAAGACGAAGUGCUCGUCGAACGCUCUCACAGUGUCAAUCUGUCCGCAAACGGUCCAAAGGAGAUCGUCGAUGUAGAAGCAGCUUGCUUAGGUUUGCUAGAGCCUGUAUGA